AUGUCUAGCGCUGCGCGAUAUUUUAGAAUUUCAAAUUUUUUGAAAAGAAAAUGUCAUGCAAUUUCGUCAUCGUCUCUGAAGAGUAAGAAGGGUAAUGUUUUGCCUGAAACUAUUACUAACUUGAAAACCGGUGACCAGCUUCACAACUACCGCGUCACGGCCGUCACACCUGUUCCCGAGCUGAACCUGACAGCCAUACAUCUCAUACAUAAGACUGGGGCCGAACAUUUGCACAUCAGUAGGCAGGAUGCUGAGAACGUUUUCGCUGUGUCCCUGCGAACGACACCCCACGACAGCACGGGUGUGCCCCACAUAUUAGAGCAUGUAUCGCUCUGCGGAUCCGAAAAAUUUCCAGUUAGAGAUCCGUUCUUCAAGAUGUUAACUCGGUCAACUUCGACUUUCAUGAAUGCGUUCACGGCAAGUGAUUGGACCAUGUACCCGUUCUCAUCCCAGAAUGCCAAAGAUUUUGAAAACCUUCUCUUGGUGUACCUGGAUGCUGUUUUCUUCCCGAGGCUGAGGCGUAAUGAUUUUCAUCAAGAAGGUUGGAGAUUGGAGCAUGAAAAUGUUGAUGACAAAUCAAGUCCAAUCAUUUUGAAAGGUGUUGUGUACAAUGAGAUGAAAGGAGUUUUCAGUGAUCCACAUCAGGUAUAUGAACAAGCACUUCAGAAUCGACUCCUUCCUUCAGGCACGUACGGAGUCAUCUCCGGUGGCGACCCCAAGCACAUCCCUGAACUAACAUGGAAGCAGUUGAAGUCAUUUCACUCUCGCCACUACCACCCAUCUAAUUCUAGAUUCUUCACAUACGGAGAUAUGCCCUUAGAUAAGCAUUUAUUCAUCAUAGACAGUGUUGCGCUUUCAAAGUUUAUCCGGGGUCCUAUUGAUACUGUGGUUCACCCUGAGAAGAGGUGGACUAGCCCUCUGGUGUCAACUGUUCAGUGCCCAGUCGAUCUCAUGUCGCCAGAUCCCCAGGCUGAUACUAUUGUUUCUGUGAGGAGGGGAAACUUGCAAGAAUCGUUCGAACUCUCCUUUUUAGGCAAUCUUUUACUUCAAGGUGACAAAGCCCCGUUUUAUCAGGCUCUCAUUGAAUCAGGAUUGGGAUCUGAUUACUCGCCGGGAACGGGAUACAGCAACCAUACCAGGGACACCAGUUUCAGUGAAGUUCUGUCUACCAUCGAAUCAACAAUCGACCAAAUUAUAAAGGAAGGCUUCAGCGAGAACCAGAUAGAGGCGGUCAUGCAUAAAAUCCAGCUGUCGAUCAAACACCAAACCGAAAGAUAUGGUCUGAACUUGAUCAUGUCCUUGAUAUCGGAGUGGAACCACGGAGCAGAUCCCAUACAAUUAUUGCAGAUCUCAAAACUGGUAGAAGAGCUGAAGCAUAGGCUAACAAUCGAGCCGGAUUAUUUACAAUCUUUGGUAAGCCAAUACCUCAAAAAUAACAAGCACAAACUCACGCUUAUCUCCGAAUCCGAUCCAAGUUAUCUGAUUGGUCGAAAGAAGGAAGAGGAGGAGUUACUCGAACAGCUGGUGUCCUCUUUAUCUGAUGUUAAGAAGGAGGAGAUAUACAACGACGGACUCGAACUUGCCAAACUGCAAUCGAUCCCAGAGGAUGUGAGUUGCCUGCCCUCUCUCGACAUCUCCGACAUACCGAAGCAGUACGAGAAAACCGAUGCAGGUAGAGUUCUGGUCGACAUAUCAUCGAAGGGCAGCAGAUCGAUCGCAUUCAACAGCACGACCGCCACUGCAGACGAGUGCAUCGACAACUACGAGAAGGCAGUCAACGAGAGGUACAGGAAGUCCAUAUUGCCCGUGCAAACUUGCAUACAGCCCACGAACGGCAUCGUGUACCUCAGAAUGGUAUCCGAUGCAAGUUCAUUGGCCGCAAAAUUGAAACCUUAUCUCCCGCUCUUUUGUAAAAUCGUCACAAAGAUGGGAGCUGGCGAGUUAGAUUACAGGCAGCAAGGUGAGCAGAUGGAUUUGAAGACGGGUGGAUUAGAAGCAAGUGCGUUCCUGUGCGAUCAUCCUUCUCAUCCUGAUUUCUUCCAGUGUUCUGUCGCUUUCUCAUCUUACUGCCUCGAUAGCAACCUGAAUGACAUGAUGAGGUUGUGGUCAGAUAUCUUCGUUUCUUUAUCGCUCGUCGAUCGUGAAAGGUUUUACACUUUGAUGAGCACUCUGGCAGCAGAGGGUGCAUCAACCCUGCCCUCAGCUGGGCAUAGGUACGCCAUGAUAAGAUCAUCCUCCAGUCUCGGUCACUCGUUUGGUCUUCGGGAGUCCUGGGCUGGAGUAACGCAGCUGGGAUUCAUUAAGAAUCUCGUAACAUUAUUGUCUAGCAGUUCGCCUGGAUCUGAGGAAAUGUUCGACGUCCAGAAGGUCGACAUGCUGUUGGGAGUGUUGAAAGAAAUUGCGGACCACAUCCUUCUAUCAUCUCCUGGUCGUUUGAGAGCUUCCAUAAACGCAGCAGACUCACAAAUUGUUGACACGAGUUUGAAGGAACUCGAGAAGUUCUACAGGGAAGUCGACAUGUUUGGAAUCAAAAAUCACAAUUCGAAGUCUAUCAAGGACGGUGGUUCCGUAGGCGGCGACACAAACACACCCAGUGACGAGAUAAGGUACGCAUCCGAAUCUUCCUUCAGACCUUCAUACAGUCGCACACAUCUGGAGUUCCCAUUCCAGGUCAACUUCAUAGGGAAAAGUUUCCUAACCGUCCCAUUCGCACAUCCUCACUACGUACCCCUGCAGGUCCUGGCAAAGAUACUCUCCUCCAAAUAUUUGCACAGGGAGGUGAGGGAGAAAGGGGGUGCCUACGGAGGAGGGGCAGAUGCCGGAUCGAAUUGCUUCAGUUUCUACUCCUACCGAGAUCCUAACCUAACCCGAUCACUUGAAUCAUUCUCUAAAUCCGUUGAUUGGGCCUGUGGUGGGCAGUUCAAGGACGCUGACGUCGGUGAAGCCAAAUUAUCUCUCUUCUCAUCUGUCGACAAGCCCAUCUCGCCUGGAAACAAAGGGACGAGACUGUUCAUGCAGGGUAUCAGCGAGGAGAUGUUUGAGGAGUACAGGCGCAGAAUUUUCCAAGUUUCCAAAGAUGAUGUCGUUCAUGUGGCCGAUAAAUAUUUAUCGGAGCAGUCGAAGGCGUCGGUGGCCGUGAUUGGUCCGAAGAAUGAAGUGACGUCAUCGGCUUCCAGUGGCUGGCACGUUGUCAAGGAAGAUUGAUUCAGCGUUUUUGUGCAUUUGAUAAAUUUUUUUGUUAAAUUGUUUUUCAUCAUCAUACAAGUAUUGAUAAAUUUUUUGUUGUUUAAUUUAAGCCGCGUGAAAGUUUGUUCGGUAUUCUCAAUGAAAAUGUUAAAACAUU